GGGUUGUGGGCGGGGGUGAACGCCGCGCGGUGCUCACUCUCCAUGCCUCCAGUGGCACUGUCCCGGACAGAGAGCUACAUCGGAGUUCUCAUUGAUGAUCUGGUGACUCGAGGCGUCACGGAGCCGUACCGCAUGUUCACCAGCCGGGCUGAGUUUCGGACCUUGCUGAGGCCAGACAAUGCUGACCUCCGCUUGACCCUGAAAGGGUUUGAGUUGGGGUGUGUGUCCCCAGCGCGCCACCAAGAGGCUGUAAGAGUGAAAAACAGCCUUCAAGAGUUGACGGCUGCCCUCCAGGCUGUCUGUCUGUCCACGACCAGAUGGAAGAAAGUGCUGCCCAACAUCGGCAUAAGUGACUCCAAGCAAAGCUUGCUGACUGGAAUGGAGAUUCUCUAUUACAAGGACGCAUCUUUUGCAAUGCUGGCUUCUGUUUUCCCAGAGUGCCUUUCACCUUACACAGAAUUUGCAGAGAGAAUCAAAAUAGAGGCUGUGUACAAGCCUUACUGCGACCUGAACAGGAGAGAGAUCGAGAGAAUCCAAAAGGAGGAGAACAUGUCUCUGUCGCAGGACAUCGAUUACUUCUCUCUGCCGGUGUCUCUGUCUCUGGAGGUCAGAGAGGCCCUGGACAGAGCUCGCCCGAGCACC